CUCUCGACACUCUAGCCGAAAAACCCAAUCCAGUACAGCGGCCGAGACCUCUUGCCGCCACGCCGCCGGCCGCCGCCGCCACCCAUGCUGCGCGUCGUCUCCGCCCUCCGCCCGCUCCUCCGGAGCCCUCUCCUCCCGGGCCCUAAACCCCUCCCUCGCCCCCGCCGGCUGCCCCGGUCGUUCCGCGCCCUCUCGUCCUCGGCGCCUCUCGCAGCCUCCCCGCCCAGCGCGCCCGCACCUGCGCCCGGGGUGGUCCAGAUCAGCGAGGAGCACCUCGUGCGGUGCGCGGCAGCGGGGAGGGCGCCGCUGCGGGUGGCGGUGCUGCUGAGCGGCGGGGUCGACAGCAGCGUCGCGCUCCGCCUCCUCCACGCAGCCGGGCACAGCUGCACCGCCUUCUACCUCAAGAUCUGGUUCCAGGAAGAUUUCAGGAACUUUUGGUCCGAGUGCCCGUGGGAUGACGAUUUGAAGUAUGCACAGGCCGUGUGUGACAAGAUUGACGUGCCAUUGGAGGUGGUACAUCUAUCUGAUGAGUACUGGAACCAUGUGGUGUCUCAUAUGAUUAAUGAGUACCGCAACGGACGCACACCGAACCCUGAUGUUCUUUGCAACACAAGAAUAAAGUUUGGAGCUUUCUUAGAAGCAAUUGAAAAUUUGGGAUUUGAUUACAUAGCUUCAGGACAUUAUGCACAUGUAGUCCAUCCACCUGUUGAGAACGCUGAAGAGCCAUCGGUGCUCCAACUUUCGAAAGACGAGAUCAAGGAUCAAACUUAUUUCCUCUCACAUCUCUCUCAAGCCCAGCUUAGAAGGCUUCUUUUUCCACUGGGGUGUAUAACAAAGGAUGAAGUUCGCAGUCUGGCUGUUCAGAUGGACCUUCCUAACCAAGCUAGAAAGGAUUCUCAGGGGAUAUGUUUUCUCGGAAAGGUCAAAUUUAGUGAGUUUGUUCAAAGACAUAUAGGAGAAAUGGAGGGUAUACUUCUUGAGGCUGAAACUGGAGAUUACCUAGGGAUGCACCGUGGGUUUUGGUUCUAUACGAUUGGUCAGCGACAAGGUUUGCGACUUUCUGGAGGACCUUGGUAUGUUGUGGAGAAAGACGUGCAAAAUAAUGUGGUUUUUGUAUCAAGGAAUUACUAUUCACUGGAUAAGAGGAGACGAACUUUUCGUGUUGGAUCGUUAAACUGGUUUAGCGAUUCUGGGCCAGCAGACAAUGAACGCCUUAAAUGCAAGGUACGGCACAGUCCUGAUUUCCAUGAUUGCACCGUGACAAAAGAGCAAACCGAAGAGAACGGAGAUGUUUUGGCGGUUCGUCUGUCCGAAGACGACCAGGGUUUAGCAGCUGGCCAGUUUGCAGCGUUCUACCGUGACAGUGCGUGCCUGGGGUCAGGCAUAAUCCUGGAUUCCUGGGACGAAAUGAGCUUCCCUGUGUGCGCAAAGGCGCUGGAAACCGGUAGGAUGGAGGACAAGUCCAAGCUGGGGAAGCCCGUAAGGAUCAUGAACCUGGAGCAUCUUGUGAAGCCAGAACCGGAGCCGGCCAAGGUCGCUUGACAGGCAUGACCAAGUUUUUGUACCAUUGUCUUGUCGUACAUCACCAGUAUCAUGGGAAGAUAUAUUCAUCUGACAGUGUGAAAGUUGACACGCCCUGCAAAUGCAAGGAUCGGUGAAGUUCCAGAAACCAUCGUCAUGCUGCUCCGAUCAGGAGCUCCAUCCAGGUGGUUCUUUAAGAGGUGGCAUCCAUUGGCGACUUUGCGUUUGGGAGAAGAAAUGCUUUGCCACCGGAUAAAAGUGGUGAUGGAGCAUCAAUCAACGCAUGAUUGCCCAUGCAAGAACUGACCUGGCCUGACAUAGUUGCCGGGUCUAAGCAGGAAAGGCAAGCGGGCGAAUGGAUAGGCCUGUUGUUCCCUCUUGAGCCAAAAUGUCUAGAGUAGAGUGUUAGUAGUCAGCGGUACCACUUCUAACUGAUGCCCUGUGAAGUUAUGAUACGGCAACGCUAAUUUUUAUUAAUCAAUCAACAGGUUCUAGACUAAACCAGGAUGGUUAAUCACAAAAUCAUUCUCCUUUUUGCAUGGCA